GGGAGGGGAGGGGAGGGGAGGAUAGGGAAAGGGAGGUUAGGUUAGGUUAGGUUAGGUUAGGUUAGGUUAGGCUGGGUUGGGUUAGGUUGUCAAUCACCUGAUGCGCAUGCAUGCUUUCCCGAUUGAUCGAUGGAUGGAUGGAUGGAUGGAUUGACUCUUCUUCCCCUCUUCGUCUUGGUCUUCGUCUUCUUCUUCUUACUUACUUACUUCCUUCCCCCCUUCCGCACUUGCUUGCUUUCUGGUCUCGAUAUCGAUAUCGAUAUACCCUCACUGCAAGUGAACGAGAGAGAGAGAGAGAGAGAGAGAGAAAGACUUAUACUCGAGCGUUUUCCCGUUGGCUAUUUGCAAUCAGACACGCUUACCUUAUUCGUUGAUUUGAUUUGAUUUGAUUUGAUUUGAUUCAAUUUGGUAUCUAAUCAGGUCAUAUUAAUCACUCGAUCAAUCAAUCAAUCCAUCAAUCCAUCAAUCCAUCAAUCGGUCGAUUAAUCAAUCACAAGCAAAAGAAAGGAAACCACAGUUCUCUUCCUUCCUUCCUUCCAUCCAUCCAACCAACAAGCACCGAGAUAAAGCGAUCGAUCUGCAUCAUAUCUUCAACACAACAUUUCAUCUGAUUUCGCCUACAUUAACACAAUUCCCGCCAAAUAGCCAACUUUAAAGGCUGAGUUGAAUGAAACUUUAUUCGUCCCCGAGCAUGAUACGAUCGGAAUAAUUCUUCGAGAUGCUGUCCCAGCUCACCACCUCGGUCUCGCAGACCACAUCUCCUCUAAUUCGAUAUGGAUCUAUUUCUGCCUCCGCCAAUUUACUCCGUAUAUCAAAUCGUAAUUGGCACAAUACACAAGGGUUGUUGUCGAACCAAGGUCCACAAAAUCAAACACGAGCAUUUCGAAUGGGUUAUUGGUCUUCACACCUUGAUCAUGGAUUUGAAAAAGAGCUCAAUCGUCGUAAUCGACUUUUAAAACAAAAAUAUGUUGAGGCCAAAAGCGUUAAGCGUGAUGAGCGUAUUCCGGAUUACAAACGUGCCAUACAUAACUUCAUGCGCAGCAAAACAAUCUAUUUUUCUCCUGCCCGCUCCAAGUACACAUUCAAAGCCGAUGUUGAAGGCACGGAUGGUGGUGUGGAGUCAAUCCGAUUAUCGCAAGCUGAUGAAGCAUACUGGAGAAAUCUGAAGUCAAAAAAUCAAUUGGACAAUGAAUUCGAGUUGGAAAAUGAGAUCUACCAUAUUGACCCCAUCACAAAUCGAAAGGUGUUCAAGAAUGAAAAGGCUGUAAACACUCCUGUGACGAAAUUCAAGGGAUAUCGUCAGCGAUUUCAAAACUUAGUCCCGCCAGAUGAUGCCACUCAAGCUGAUAUUGAUGCCUAUAACAAACCAUUCAUGUACAACGAACCUGAUGGAAAAUUUCCCGAGCAACCUGAUUCUGUGCGGGAAUCUCUCAAGGAAUACGAGAGUAAAGGAUACGAGCCAUUUUUUCACAACGAACCAGACGGGCAGCUACCACAAAAGGCCGAUCCAAUACAAGAAGGACUCAAAGAUUAUGACAGUUGUACAUCCUAUAACGCUUUUCGAUACAGAGAGCCUGAUGGAAAGCUGCCAGAGCAGCCAGAUUCUGUCCAGGAAUCAUUGAAAGAUUAUGAUUCACACAUAACUUACGGGUUCUUCCGCCACAAUGAGCCCGAUGGAAAGCUGCCCGAAAAGCCAGAUUCCGUUCGAGAAAGUUUGAAAGACUAUGAUGCUGAUAGUUCUUACGGAUCGUUUCGAUAUAAUGAGCCUGAUGGCAAAUUUCCCGAGAAGCCAGAUGCAGUACAAGAGUCGUUGAAGGAAUAUGAUACAACCAAUUCAUAUGGAUCCUUUCGAUAUAAUGAGCCGGACGGAAAACUCCCCGAAAGGCCAGAUUCAGUCCGAGAAAGUUUGAAAGAUUAUGACGCGGACACUUCUUAUGGAUCUUUUCGUUAUAACGAGCCCGAUGGAAAGUUUCCUGAGAGUCCAGAUCAGACACGCGAAGCAUUGAAGGAGUAUGAUCAGAAGCAAGCAAGAAUCACUCAACAUCCUGGCUCCGAGUCCAAGAUCCCUGGCACUAGCUCACCAGAAAAAGAUGUAGAAAAAAAAAAUUCGCUGUCAAAAUCUACGCGCAAAUACCCUGAGCAAGAUACCAGAGAAGACCUUGACCUGCUUCGAGCAAGUGAUAUUCGCGCUGCUUCGGGUAUCAUCAAGAACACAAAGAAAGAAACUCUUGAAGAGAAGUCCACUAAGAGAGAGCAACUGGAAAAAGCUUUCGAGGAAGCUCAUCAAAACGUAAUCAAGUACGCUCAAGAUAUUGCCUCAGAGCAGAAAUUAAAAGGACAGACGCAAACCAAGACACAGGGAAGCCCCAACCCCUCUGCAUCCAAGGCUGGGGAAAGCUCUGAGACCCUUGACCAAAAGGAUCAUAAGUAUGCAGGACAAGUCGAGAGACGAAAAGUGACAGGAAACUUUGUCCGGGAUUUUCCAGAAGACUUCGAGAAGUCUUGGACACAACAAAAGGACAGUGCAGGAGGAUUAAUGCCAACAGUGUCUAAAGAUGCUUGGGGUUAUGACACGUCACCAAAGGGACUAGAGCUUUCUUAUUCAACGGAGGUCAAGCAGUCUGUUCAGAAGGCUGAGAAGGAAUAUAUUGAAGGCCUUGGCUCGAAGGAAGCAUUUUCUCGAAACCCAAACACACCAAGGCUUCAAACAUCCUUGGAUCGAUCUGCGACAAAACAAACAUCUUCUCAGCCCAAUUUGGCCAAAGCAAUCACAGAAACUGAUCCUUACUCGAAGGUACCUCAAGGCUUAGAGACGUCAUAUAAAGAAGAAUGCGCAAACCAAGGGGAAGGAGAUUUAUCGGUAUAUGUUUCAUCUUACGGAAAGCCCAGAAAACAAUCUGGCAAGGACAAAGAUUUAGUUCGCGAAAUCCGAGGAAUCUAUGAAGAUAGCUAUGGAAAAAUUGGCUCCAAACAUCGCCAAGUACCUGCGAAUGAUGCGCCAGCUGCGAGUUCGCCUGAGGAAAAGCCCGCGUCGGGCCCUGAGCCAACCACUUAUAAGGUUUUGGCUUAUGAUUCAACAAUGCAAUCUAUUAAGAUUGCUGAAACAACAUCUAUUGUGACUGAUACAGCAACAGCUUUGACUCCUGCGGAGGUUCUUCUUCGAUUGUCUAACCCCGCAAAGUUCUUUCCACACUUCCAACCAUUACAGGCCGAAGGUUAUGAAAUUGUGUCCGGAAGUGGGGAUGUUCUCGUAUUCCGAAAAGUCCGAUCAGCAAGACGCUUGUCCUCGCAGGCUGAUUUAAAGAACAACACAACAAAUCCGAUAGAUGGUAUGCAGAUUGCAACGGCGCGAUUCGCCAGCCCUACAGGUUUCGUGAACCAUGAUUUACCAGAAUCAGCAGAACCAGCAUUUAAAUCAAAUAUUGACGUUCGACGCCAGGAACCGGUAUUUAGUGGUAAAUCUUCCUGGAAAGACCACUCGGAAACUAAGAACAAGAAGCCUGGCAAGGCAAAGAGAGUGUUAUUGGGCGGCGCCAUUGUCGGCAGUGGAUGCUAUGCCAUUGGCGUGGUGACAGAGUUCUUUAGGACUGGAGGUGUAGAUGGAAAAGGACCGCAGGGGUUCUGAACUUCGAAAUAACAUCGAGUUUCAUCAGGGAGGUAAUCUGAAGGUGGCAUAUUAGCUUCACAUUCUGUUUUCAUAUGAUGAAGGGAAAGGAUAGGAGUUUUCGGCAAGGGAGUUCUCGAUGGUGUUUAAGCUGACAAGCAUUGGUGUUAUUGGAAGGAUGGAUGGAUAUGCAUUGCAGGUUGCUAGCCAAGUUACUUAUUUUCCAUUUACAUAAGAUGUUAUUCCCUACUUCCUAGCUGUACCUUUAGAUCAUAUGCCACUCGAUCUGAUAUUGAUAUCAUUGUUUUCUGUGACUACUGGAUGUUAUAUAGCCGUGUGAAUGUCCUUGAUUUGGUGUCUAAUAGACAACAAGGACUCUAGGGAUUUGUUGUUUGAAUGAUGUGAACAUUUAAAGAAGAAUUGUGUGCAUGGAGGGGAGAAAAGUAACA